CUUAAGCGCCCAAGAUAAAUUUAUAAAAGAAUCAAAAGAAUCAAUUCAAAUAACCGAUAAUUCAAGUAGCAGUAGGCUGAAUAAUGAUAUUUCUUCUCAACCACCUACUAAACGGCUAUUAGAAACUCGUUAUCUAAAUUCUAACAUGGAUCGAUAUGUCACUGUAACUCAAUCCUUUAACUCUUUGGAAAGUUUAAAGCCUUUAAUUCCGUUUAACUAUGAAACUCAAGGAAAAUGGAUUUAUCCGAUCAAUCUUCCGGAGCGCAGCUAUCAGUUUAAUAUUGUUAAAAAUUGCUUAUUGCAUAACACUUUAGUUGCCUUGCCAACCGGUUUGGGAAAAACCUUUAUUGCUGCUGCUGUUAUGUUAAAUUACAAAAGGUGGUUUCCAAACGGCUUGGUAAUUUUUAUGGCACCUACGCGCCCACUUGUUACACAGCAGAUCGAAGCCUGCCGUAAAAUAGCAGGAAUUCCUCAGGAUGUUUUAGUGGAAAUGACCGGUCUUCAUUCUCAAAGCUUGCGUGAUGUAAAGUGGAAGGAUGCCUCCGUGGUGUUUUUGACCCCACAAAUUCUCGCUAAUGAUCUGAGAAGAGGAGCCGUUGAUCCACUUAAAAUUGUUUGUCUUGUCAUUGAUGAGGCACACAAAGCAACAGGAAACCACGCUUAUGUUGCAGUAGUGCGCCAGUUAAGGCUCUCUCAAGCGCGCUACCGUCUUGUUGCUCUUAGCGCCACACCGGGCGAUAGCGAAGCCGCCGUCAUCAAAUUGAUAAGUAAUCUUGAAAUUUCGCAUCUUGAGUUGAGGACAGAGGAAAGCGCUGACGUUAAACCUUAUCUUCCUGGAAGACAUAUGGAACUAAUAGUGGUAGAUAGCGGCUCUCAGAUUCGCGACUUGAAAAGUAAGUUUUCAGAAGUUUUAGGGAAGUCACUGGACUUCCUCGUAAACACUGGGGCUUACUGGGAGAGAAAACCCGAAAAAGUGUCAAAGUAUCUGCUUCUUCGAGCGAGAGAAACUUUUCAUAGGAAGUAUCCCAGAGGUACACAUCCUUCCUCAGCCGCCAUCCUUUUGAACUUUUACCUUGCUAUCAGCCUCAGUCACGCAUAUCAUUUGCUUGACCGCAACGGCUGCCAAGUUUGUUUUAACUAUUUAAAAAAAAUUACUACAUCCGGUAGCCCAGCUAGUCGUGCAACUCUUCUAAAAAGUGUGGAAUUUCGCACUUUUAUGUCCGACCUGCAAUUAUGCUGCGAAUCUGGGGAGAAUAUUCAAAAAGUCCAUCCUAAGCUGCACAAACUUUUGGAGAUUACUCUUAAGCACUUCCAUCAAUGCCAAGAAGAUACGCGUGUGAUGAUCUUUUCCCAUUUUAGAGAAAGCGUUUUAGAGAUAGUAAAUUACCUACGAAGCGCAGGUAGCAACCGUUUAAAAGUUCAAGGGUUUAUAGGGCAAGCUUCAGGAAGAGAUUUUACAGGUCUUUCUCAAAAGCAGCAGCUAUCCAUUCUUGAGGAUUUUAGGAGAGGAGACUGUAAUGUUCUGGUGGCCACCUGUAUUGGCGAGGAGGGACUGGACAUAGGACACGUCGAUCUUGUUAUCUGUUUUGACGCCCAUGCCUCUCCCACGCGCUUGAUUCAGCGAAUGGGCCGGUGCGGCCGAAAGAAAAAGGGUCGGAUCGUUACACUUGUUUGUAAAGGUCAGGAACAUGAAAACUUCAAGAAGAGUGUCAAAGCACAGGAUGUUCUUUUUCAAAGUAUAUCUAGGAAUUCCCCGAAGUAUCCUUUUUUUGCGGAAAACUCCGCUAUGGUCCCUGCAGGUGUAGAGCUUUGUGUGGAAAGAAAACACAUCGUCGUUGAAAGCCUUGAUGCUGAGCUGCACUCAAAUAGCCCUUUGCUGUCGUCCUUUCAAAAGCAGGAACUUGCCUCUUUUUUUUCCGAAGCAGUUAGUGAUUUCAAUACUGAGGAGCACCUGGCGCUAUGGACUGGCUUUCAAACAGUUUUAAGCAAGUUUAAAUUUGUUAAGCACUCAGUGUUAUGCAAGGCCUAUGUCAAUUUUAUAUCGACCAUAGAGCACGGCUUUCCUUUCCCUUUUCUAGAUCUACCGUGCUUGGCUGAAGUAGCACCAUACUUGACGGGUUCAACUAAGGGCGCUUCUCUAUUGGAAACUUCCGAUAGUGACAGCGAUAUUAUAGGCAACACCCUUACGGGCCUGGGGCUCUCCAGGGUUGCUGAAACUUCUUGCCUGGAUUCUCAGGGCUCUUCUCGAGACUCCUCGGAAACCCUCGAGCCCUUCGAUAGUCCACUAAAACCUGCUCUAAUCCGGCCCACCAGUCCCUUAGCGAAAUCAUUGAAUGACAGCUUCGGCAUUGAUUGGGAUAAUGUUGAAGUCAAUAUCAUUAAAAACUUUGACAGCGGCAGCAACUACAUAAGUGACCAUGACGCUAAUGAUUUUAGCAUUAGUAAUAAUAGUAAUACUAAUACUAAUAAUUGUUAUGAUAUCAACAAUAACCUUAACAAUUGUAAUAGUAUUAGCAAUGUUAAUAGUAAUAGUAAUAGUAAUGAAAGUUAUGGUAAUAUUUGUAAUGGUAAUAAGGAUAACAGUGAUAAUAGUAAUAGUAAUAAUGAUAAUUAUAGUAAUAACAAUAAUUAUAGUAAUAACGGUAUAGCACACGGGCCUCCUAUCUCUCUAUUCUUGCAUUCACCCUCACUUUCUAACUCUUCUCAUCCGGUCAACCCACUUUUUGCAUCCACCCCAGGAGAACUAUCAGUCAGCAAUAAAAUUAACUAUAGCCACGGUGUAUGUGGUGAUAUUGAAACUAUCGCAGCGAGUCCCAUUGACAAUUUUGGGUUGAAGAAUGGGCAGACGAAUGAAACGCCUUUUCCAGUUAUAAAAAAGGCUCGUCGUCGAUUUAUAGUUGACUCGCCCGUUGGCCUCUCCAUUGUAAGGAAGAAAAGUAUGCUUCAUGCUCAAAGGACUUUUCACACAGCGAGGAGAACUUUAUUUAAGAAUGCUCGAGACAAAGCUUCAUAUAAAAGAAAUAAGAACACCUCCAAUAUAGAACAUCGUCUCAAUAUUCUCCAAGAAUUGACUGUUUUGGAUGACAUGGCCGAGCUCUCUGAUUGCGAAGGAAAACUUUCUGAAAAUACUGAUAAUUUCGAGGAGAACAGACCGGAGUCCACAAAGGACGACAGCUUUAUUGCAAGCUCUUGCUCUCUAGAAAAUCCUGAACAAGACUUGUCGUUUUAUUUAAUACAACGUAACGCACCAACCUGGACACCCAUUCGGCCUAUUGUAACUUCUGAAAACUUUGAAGACACGCCCACUGCAAUAUCCGCUAAUUCUCUGGAUAAGUAUGACUCGGACUUCAUCUGUGAUGACCCAUUAACUGAGGAUGUAGAAACAGGAGACGAGGGUUGGGCCACUAAUCUUUCUUUGCAAAAUAAAUUUAAAAAAAAAACUGAACGAAGAGAACUUCUCAAUCAAAUUCGCUCUAAGUAUAAUUAGAUAGAAGGCAAUACAUAGAUUACAAAAACCUUCUUAAGCUGAUAUUACUGGUAUCACUAACCGUGUAGACCAC